UCACUUCAAUCUAAGAUAACAUAACAAUCUUCUUACAUUCUUCUCUUCAAUUCUUCUAUUUUAUUUCUCCCUCUAUUUCCUUUUGUUCCAUAACUCAUCUCUUCAAUUUUUCAUAAGCAACAAUCAAAAAACCUUCAAAAAUUCAAAUUUGUUAAAAUUUCUUUGAACUGAAACUAAGAUGGCCGUGGACUCAAACCUUUCAUCUCCAUUAGGACCACCAGCGUGUGACAAAGAUGCAAAGGCGCUUCGAUUCAUCGAAGAAAUGACUCGAAACGCCGAUGCUGUUCAAGAAAGAGUGUUGGCCGAGAUUCUAAGCCGAAACGCAGAGACAGAGUACGUUAAACGCUUCAAACUCGACGGCGCAACUGACCGUGAAACAUUCAAGACCAAGAUUCCUGUCAUCACGUACGAUGAUGUUCAGCCAGAGAUUCAGCGAAUUGCCAAUGGUGAUCGCUCUCCAAUUCUCUCAGCUCAUCCCAUCUCUGAAUUCCUAACAAGUUCUGGGACUUCAGCUGGUGAAAGAAAAUUGAUGCCAACAAUUAAGGAAGAGUUGGAUCGUCGCCAACUUCUAUACAGCCUUCUAAUGCCAGUUAUGAACCUUUAUGUGCCAGGCUUAGACAAAGGAAAAGGCUUAUACUUUUUGUUUGUGAAGUCAGAAACAAGGACACCAAGUGGGUUAUUAGCCCGCCCGGUUCUCACAAGUUACUACAAAAGUGAACAUUUCAAGACCCGACCCUACGACCCAUACAAUGUUUACACAAGUCCAAAUGAAGCAAUCCUCUGCCCUGAUUCAUUCCAAAGCAUGUACACACAAAUGCUAUGUGGACUCAUCGAACGCAACCAAGUCCUUCGCCUUGGCGCUGUCUUUGCCUCCGGUCUACUUCGUGCAAUUCGGUUCCUUCAACUCAAUUGGGUCGAACUAGCCCAUGAUAUUCGAACCGGGACUUUAAACUCGAAAAUUACUGACCCGAAGCUAAAAAAUCACAUGAAACAUUUUAUCAAACCCGACCCGGAAUUGGCAUCAUUUGUGAUUCAAGAAUGCUCAAAUGAAAAUUGGGAAGGAAUAAUCACAAGGAUUUGGCCUAACACCAAAUACUUAGAUGUCAUUGUAACUGGUGCUAUGGCUCAAUACAUUCCAACACUUAAUUACUAUAGUGGUGGGUUACCUCUUGCUUGUACUAUGUAUGCUUCCUCGGAAUGCUACUUUGGACUUAACCUUAAUCCUAUGUGCAAACCCUCGGAGGUUUCUUACACCAUCAUGCCAAACAUGGCCUACUUUGAAUUCCUACCACACGAAUCAGGGUCAACGAGAAUUGUUGACCUUGCUGACGUGGAGGUAGGAAAGGAGUACGAGCUUGUGAUCACAACUUAUGCAGGUUUGUACCGUUACCGAGUUGGUGACAUUCUCCGAGUCACCGGGUUUCAUAAUUCAGCACCACAGUUCCACUUUGUACGUCGUAAGAACGUGUUGUUAAGUAUUGACUCGGAUAAAACAGAUGAGUCAGAGCUACAAAGAGCGGUGGAAAAUGCUUCAAAGUUGUUGGUUGAGUUAAACACUAGUGUGGUGGAGUACACAAGUUAUGCAGAUACCGAGACGAUACCAGGUCAUUAUGUGAUAUAUUGGGAGUUGUUGACCAAAGCCGACUCUGCGAACUCCUCGAAUUUGCCGAGUCAUGACGUGUUGAAUCAGUGUUGCUUGGAAAUGGAAGGAUCAUUGAAUUCAGUUUAUAGGCAGUGUAGGGUUGCAGAUCAUUCAAUUGGACCAUUGGAAAUAAGGGUUGUGAAGAGUGGAACUUUUGAGGAGCUUAUGGAUUAUGCAAUCUCAAGAGGUGCUUCAAUUAAUCAAUAUAAGGUUCCAAGGUGUGUGAAUUUUACACCUAUAAUGGAGCUUUUGAACUCUAGGGUGGUUUCUGUUCACUUUAGUCAAGAUUUGCCACAUUGGACCCCUGAAAGAAGACGUUGAUCAAUAAGAUUAAUUUUGACAUAUGGGGUAAUUGGGUAGAUGUAGAUUUUGCUAUAUGCAAUUUGUAAGUUCAUCUCUUGGUUAAUUAAAUGUGUAGGAAGGAUUUGUGAAGAGUCUAUGAGAGUAUGGAUUAGGAGGUCUCUCUUGGUUAGGUUAAUUAUUACUAUGUAUUUUGGUUUAAUUAGUGAACUUGUGCAAAAGAUGCGCAACUUUGUUUAGUAAAUUUGUAUGUAUUGAUUGUUUCAACUA